UCUACAUAUAUGUAUUGAAUUAACUCUACAAAAAAAGCAUUAAGCCAUGGACACUAAAACUCUACCGAGUCUUCUGAGUCUGAAAGUGGCCCCUCCGUCGGAACUACAGAAUCAGAAUACGGACAAUGGAAUCGGAGAAGGGGAUGGCAAUUCCGUCAAACUUCCAGCUGCAUUGGAGCAGGCGUUAGCAUUCAAAACGGAAAGAGCCAAGGAAGUAGGCGGAGAUCCCAACGACGUUGUUACCGUGAGUAAAUCACCGAACGACGACAACGACGACGUUCCCCAAAUCGAAGAUGUCAUAACGGAACUGGAACAGACCACAGAAAAGGUGGAACCUAAGUCAGGCAAAACAAAAAAGAAGAAAAAAUCAAAAAGGAAAAGACACAAUGUUGAAAAGAAAGAUACGGAACAAAAGAAGGAUAACGCAGAAGAGAAUAAGAAUAAGGAAGAUGUACAAAUAGAGUAUAUACAAGAUAUACCAAGCAUAAAUGACUUGGAACCGAUGUAUCGACAAUUUGCUAGAGUCUUUGAAGCAUUUAAGUUAUCAGAACCGGAACCGACCGGUAAUGAUGCAUCCGAUAAGGGUGAACCUAUCGGGCAGUAUCCGCCAGUAAUGAAUGUACAGACCGCUGGCACCGGUGUGCCCAGCAAGGUACCGUUAUUGGACGAUUUUGACGACGAUGCGAAUCAGCAACAACAACAGCAAGGUACAGGUGAGAACGGCGCUCCGCGUUUGUCCAAACGAAAGCUCAAGAGACUCACGCGACUGAGUGUGGCGGAACUUAAGCAAUUAGUGGGUCGUCCUGACGUGGUCGAGAUGCACGACGUCACGGCGCGAGAUCCAAAGUUGCUCGUGCAAUUGAAAGCGCAUCGAAACACGGUCCCAGUACCCAGGCACUGGUGUUUCAAACGAAAGUACUUGCAAGGCAAACGAGGUAUAGAGAAACCACCCUUUGACUUACCCGACUUUAUUAAGCGCACCGGUAUUACGGAAAUGAGGGCAAGCCUGCAGGAGCGAGACGAUACGCGUACGUUGAAAGCAAAGAUGCGGGAGCGUGCGAGACCAAAACUGGGUAAAAUUGACAUCGACUAUCAGAAGCUGCACGACGCAUUCUUCAAGUGGCAGACGAAGCCGCGCAUGACGAUUCACGGUGACUUGUACUACGAGGGCAAGGAGUUUGAGACCCGUUUGAAAGAGAAGAAACCUGGCGAGUUGUCGGACGAACUGCGUACAGCUCUGGGAAUGCCGGUUGGUCCGAAUUGUCAGAAAGUACCGCCUCCGUGGCUCAUAGCUAUGCAGCGUUAUGGUCCACCACCGAGUUAUCCGAAUUUAAAGAUCCCUGGUCUAAAUGCACCUAUUCCAGAAGGCUGCGCGUUCGGAUAUCACGCGGGUGGGUGGGGAAAACCACCGGUCGACGAAACGGGAAGGCCGCUUUACGGCGAUGUAUUCGGUAUAUCUCGCACAUCCGGUGCAGACGCGAUGGAUGAGGAAAUCGACCGUGGUAUGUGGGGCGAACCAGAGUCGGAGUCAUCAGGCGAGGAAGAUGAAGACGAGGACGCGGACGAGGGCGGCGAAGGUGGCGAAGGCGAAGGCAAGGACGGCGACGGUGAUGCAAGCGGUUUAGUUACGCCUGGUGCCGAAGGUUUAAUCACACCGAGUGGCAUCACGUCGAUCCCGGCUGGUCUAGAAACUCCGGAGACUAUCGAGUUGAGAAAGAAGAAAAUUGAGAGCGAAAUGGAAGGCGGUGAUACGCCCGCGCUUUACACAGUACUACAAGAGCGUCGUACGGAGGGUCUAGGUGCCAGCAUGAUGGGCAGCACGCACGUGUACGACAUGACGGGCGCAGCAGGUGGUCAAGCGCCACCGUCCGUGAUUGCCGCACGUCGCGGCGGAAUCAGCGGCAGCGCCAGCGACGCACGAGCCGAAAAAGAUGGAGCAGUGGAGUUGACUCUGGACCCUAGCGAGUUGGAUCUUGACUCUGAGGCAAUGGCAUCCAGAUACGAGGAGACGAUGAGAUCGCGACAAGCGCAUCUUAGAAGAGAAGAUCUAUCAGACAUGCUGCAAGAUCAUGUGCAACGACAAAAGAGCAAACGCAAACGUCAGCAAAUCCAAGAGACAAAAACGUCUAAGAAGUAUAAAGAGUUUAAAUUUUAAACUCUUCACGUAUGCUCUCAUUCUGUGUAAAAUUGUAAACCAUUUUUUUAACUGUGUUGUUAAACAACUCGAAUCUUGUGCGUGUGAGAGAAAGAAUUAUGGUUUUUUUCCUAACUUAUAAUGCAGAACAUAGUUAAAAAAAAAAAAA